AGUAGAACCUCUCUACCUCUCUCUCAGUCCUUUUCUCACUCUCUCUCUCUCUUGAGGGAUUCUUUUCUCUACAAUCAAAGCAAAGCUCUAGAAAUUAUCCUCUCUCUUUCUCUUCAAACUUUUCCAAGCUUCCUAAAUCAAAAAUGCACCAGUUUUCUACAACUUUACAUAUAUCCACAGAGGCGUUUACAAGAGCUUGAGGCUUUGAUUACAUUUAUAUAUAGGAAAAAAAAUGGAAGGAGAGUCGUUUGGUUUGAUCGUUGGGAUCUCACUUGGUGUGGUGAUCGGUGUGUUGUUAGCUAUUUCAGCGUUCUUCUGCUUUAGGUACCAUAGAAAGACAUCUCAGAUUGUCAACAGUGGUGGCGGCUCAAGCAGAAGAAGUGCGACGCUUCCCAUCAGAGAGAACGGUGCUAACUCUUGCAACAUUAUGUCUGAUUCCACUCUUGGUCCCGAUUCGCCUGUCAGAUCCUCGAGCAAUGGGAGGUCUGGUUGGCUUGACGGGUUUAGUAAGAAGACAAGUGUCAUCUCUGCUUCUGGCAUUUUGGAAUAUUCUUACAGGGAUUUGCAGAAAGCAACAUGUAAUUUCACGUCUUUGAUAGGCCAAGGAGCAUUUGGACCUGUCUUCAAAGCUCAAAUGUCCACCGGCGAGACAGUUGCUGUCAAAGUUCUCGCCACUGAUUCUAAACAGGGUGAAAAAGAGUUUCAGACAGAGGUUAUGUUAUUGGGAAGGUUGCAUCACCGUAACCUAGUGAACUUGGUGGGCUAUUGUGCAGAGAAAGGCCAACACAUGCUUAUAUAUGUCUACAUGAGUAAAGGAAGUUUAGCUUCUCACUUGUACAGUGAAAAACAUGAACCGUUGAGCUGGGAUUUGAGAGUAUACAUUGCUUUAGACGUGGCACGCGGUCUAGAGUAUCUUCAUGAUGGGGCUGUUCCUCCUGUAAUCCACAGAGAUAUCAAAUCUUCCAACAUUCUGUUAGAUCAAUCCAUGCGAGCUCGGGUUGCUGACUUUGGCUUGUCUAGAGAAGAAAUGGUAGACAAACAUGCUGCCAACAUCAGAGGAACGUUUGGUUAUCUCGAUCCAGAGUACAUCUCCACAAGAACAUACACCAAGAAAAGCGAUGUUUAUGGUUUCGGGGUUUUGCUUUUUGAGCUUAUAGCUGCAAGAAACCCUCAACAAGGGCUAAUGGAAUACGUUGAGCUGGCGGCGAUGAAUGCAGAGGAGAAGGUUGGGUGGGAAGAGAUUGUUGAUUCAAGAUUAGAUGGGAGAUUUGAUCUACAAGAAGUGAAUGAAGUUGCGGCUUUUGCUUAUAAAUGCAUCUCUCGUGCACCGAGGAAACGUCCCAACAUGAGGGACGUUGUGCAGGUUUUGACUCGUGUCAUUAAGGUGAGACACUCCAGAAAACGUCAGAAAAAGUCUGCCUCGCCUUCUCCGCUUCCCCCUACGGUGGAGUCUGGUGGUGAGCAGACUGGAAAUAGAUCAGUUCGGUCGGAAAAUCAUAGGAGAGAUAACUCCAUGGACAGUACACUUGAAGACUAUUGUUAAAACAAAAUGUGUGUUUUAAGUUUCUUAUUAUUGCUUUUAUUGAAUUUUUAUUUAUUUUUGGGUGGGUUUUAGGAUGAUUUGUAGAUUUGGUUAGGAGGAAGACACUGAUGUUGAUGUUAAAUGAAAUUUGGUUAACAGGAGCUU